CUGUAUCGUUUACAAGAUGGCGGCUUCGGUGGAAGACGAAUUUGAAGAUGCACCUGAUGUAGAGCCUCUAGAGCCGACGUUAAAAAACAUAAUAGAGCAGAAAUCUCUGAAGUGGAUUUUUGUAGGUGGAAAAGGCGGUGUUGGAAAAACGACAUGCAGCUGCAGUUUGGCCGUGCAGUUGUCCACGGUGAGGGAGAGCGUCCUCAUCAUCUCCACCGACCCGGCACACAACAUCUCGGACGCCUUCGACCAGAAGUUCUCCAAAGUUCCCACCAAAGUGAAAGGCUAUGAUAACCUCUUCGCCAUGGAGAUUGACCCGAGUCUGGGCGUGGCUGAACUGCCGGAUGAGUUCUUCGAAGAGGACAAUAUGCUGAGUAUGGGGAAGAAGAUGAUGCAAGAGGCCAUGAGCGCUUUCCCCGGCAUCGACGAGGCCAUGAGCUACGCCGAGGUCAUGAGGUUAGUAAAAGGGAUGAACUUCUCCGUGGUGGUGUUUGACACGGCUCCUACAGGCCACACGCUGCGCCUGCUCAACUUCCCCACCAUCGUGGAGCGGGGCCUGGGCCGCCUCAUGCAGAUCAAGAACCAGAUCAGCCCCUUCAUCUCUCAGAUGUGUAACAUGCUGGGGCUGGGCGACAUGAACGCGGAUCAGCUGGCUUCCAAACUGGAGGAGACGCUUCCCGUUAUCCGCUCCGUCAGCGAGCAGUUUAAAGAUCCGGAGCAGACGACGUUCAUCUGCGUGUGCAUCGCCGAGUUCCUGUCCCUGUACGAGACCGAGCGGCUGAUCCAGGAGCUGGCCAAGUGCCACAUCGACACGCACAACAUCAUCGUCAACCAGCUGGUGUUUCCCGACGCCGAGAGACCCUGCAAGAUGUGCGAGGCCAGACACAAGAUCCAGUCCAAGUACCUGGACCAGAUGGAGGACCUGUAUGAGGAUUUCCACAUAGUCAAACUGCCUCUACUUCCUCACGAGGUACGAGGAGCAGACAAAGUCAACACGUUUUCCAAACUGCUCCUGGAGCCCUACAAUCCCCCCAACAAAUGACUUAUCUUCCCUUAAACACACACACACACACACACACACACACACACACAUCUACACAGCCUUCCGCCGCUGCCCGCUGGUUCAUUAACCCUCUCAGACCCCACAGCAACACAUCCUCAUCGACACGCUCAUCAUCGUCAGAUCUGGAAAGCUUCAUAGUGAUAAAGGCUUGCAACACUACAUACACCCGUGUCUCUAUAUGAGCGUUUUUCCCUCUCUCUCUAUCACUCUCUCUCCAUCACACACUCUCUCUCUCUCUCUCUGCCUCAUUUCUCACACAGAGGCUGUUUUAUUUUACUCACAGAAAUUCCUUAUUCUAAUCCGUUAAACAGCACAGAGUGAUUUUAUUUUAUUGUGUGAUAGUGAAUUACGUGUAAAAGGGUAUAAAAACUGCUUGAAAGCUGAUGAAGAAAAAAAAAAACAAAACCGCGUCUGAUCUCUGACUAAGAAUGUACUUGAUGUAUUGAAACUGACCGCCCUUCGAGUCAGUGUCUCAAAAUCGUCAUCAGAAGUGUACGAUCUCUCGGCACCGCCAUGUUUUUCUUUAACCCUGACGAUAGGUUCGGGGGAACGCUUGCUUUUAACGCUGUACGUCAGAUGGUGUAAUGAACUCUGCCUAAUGCUUGUUUGUGUCCUGGCAAAAUCAUCCAGAACAAAAGUCCGAGAAAAAUACCAUUUCCAGUUUAUGCUGAAUAUUAAGGUGUAAUAAUAUUACCAGCUGAAUGGUGUGUUUUUUUUUUAAAAAAAAAAAAAAAAGAAAGAAGAUAUUGUCACUGUAGUGAGCAGAAGAGCACGGGUUAAAAAAAAACAAACAAAAAAUACCUUGUUUUUUAACCCCGUCCUUUUUUCCUCUUUUGAGACCAUUUUUGGUAAAUUUCUUUCCCUAACAAAUAUUUUUUUUUGUCCAUAACAAAUAUUUAACAUCAGUUUAUUAUUAUACGGUGUGUAAUAUUUGUAAUCUCUGCAUGAGUUGAGAGCACCAAAGGGGUAAAAGGGGCGGUUCUUCCAGGAAGUGUCAGCAGCCACCCCCCCAAAGUACCUGUGCAGAUCAUUCCAGAUUCACGUGUGUCGUACUAGUGUGCUUUACGGAGAGCUCCAGGGCCAGAGCGCACUUCUUUCUGCACACCUUUCUGGGUACUUUUCUAUUGAUCUUUUCCCUUCACAAUGAUGAGUCAGAAGCCAGUUCUGCUGAAUGGGCGGCGUUUAUUCCGGUCGGUUUUACUUCCACAAACAAAAAAUUUUGCUUUAAAAAAAGGGAAACUCUCAGCCCUGAUCCCCACCCCAAACUACACUACCCAUAAUGCAAUGCCCCCAAAGAAUAACCUUUUACUCUCUACCGUUAGCGUACGCUAAUGUUUUUAUGGCACACCUACUCAAAAUGCGUAAAGGUCGGCAGGUCUGACGAGGUAGUAUAGUCGGUGAUGAACAUCGCCGGAUAUUGUAGCAGUGUAAUAUGGCGUAGGGACGAUAAUCUCGUUAUCUUGCACAAACCUUGCGGUGGCUGUAUGCGAGUAAUAAUCAUCUGCGUUGGGUUCUGCCGUUUGCGAUCUUGAUCUCCGCAACCUCCUCAGAUCACUGUUUACUUUGUCAUGCACAAUCAUCAGAAGCUGUUAAAGAAGGUAUUCCACUGCUGGUCAACACGGCCCCCUUGUGUUUACUUUACAUGAAUCUCACUUUACAGUAAUGAUGAAGCAGGCAGGGUUAUGCUAGGAGAAGCUACAUCUCAUCGCUAUACUUUGCCGUAAACCUCUUUGCAAACCUUGUGUUUUACUUCAUGGGAUAUAUAUAUUUUUUGUUGGUUUGUUACAGUUUCCUCCCAGUGAAAGAUUUUCUAUUUGUAAUUAUUGUGUACACACUGUGUAAUUACAAGAGUUAAUUAUACAGAAUAACACUGACAGUAUUUCUGUUUUUUUUUUUUUUUUGCGUAUGGUUUCAGCAGGAUGUUUCUCUGAAUUCUAAUGAAGCACAUAGUAAAGGAACAUGUUUUACCUUCCCCCGCUCCUCUCUCUCCGUUUAAGUGCUGUUUCAAUAAAUUUAACAAUAUGCAGUAUAUCUGAACACAACAAGCAUUAAUUAUCCAUCACCUCUCUGUCUUACGUUGGUUUAAAAAUAAUAUUUCCCCCACCACAAUAACAGUGUUAAUCUACAGUAUUAUAUCAAAGCUACUGAAUGUUAUUUUCGAGUCGGUGAGAAUGUUCCGGUUAGCGUUCAUUCUGCGUUAGCCAGGUUUUUAUAUAUUUACAUACGUGAACAGGUGCGUCUCGAAAAAAUUUGAAUAUCGUGGAAAAGUUCGUUUUUUUCCCCCCCUAUUAUUUAAUUCAAAAAGUGCGACUUUCAUAUAUUCUAGAUUCGUUACACAUGAAGUGAAAUAUUUCGAGGCUUUUUUUCCAGUUUGAGUCUCGAUGAUUACGGCGUACAGCGAAUGGAAAUCUAAAAUCCAGUAUCUCAAGAUAUUUGAAUAAAGAAUUUAUAAUACAGAAAUGUCGACCGGAUGAAAAGUGUGUUAAUUUACGCACUCGAUACUCGGACGGGGAUUUAAUGCUUUUGCAGGAAUUACUGCAUCAGUGCGGCGUGGCGUGGAGGCGAUCAGCCUGUGGCACUGCUGAGGUGUUCUGGAAGCCCAGCUUACUUUGAUAGCGGACUUCAGCUCGUCUGUAUCGUCGGGUCUGGUGUCUCUCGUAGAUUCUCUAUGGGGUUCGGGUCAGGAGAGUCGGCUGGGCGAUCAAGCACAGUAAUACCACGGUCAGUAAACCGGUUACUAGAAGUUUUGGCACUGUGGACAGGUGCCGAGUCCUGCUGGAA